AUGCGUUCACGGCAAAUCUUUCUCCUCAUUCUGUUGAUGGUAGCUUCAUUCCCCUAUCCCAGUGAUGCUCGAAAUCCCAGGGCAACGGAUGAUAUGAAGGUCCCAAAGACCCCAGACACUAUUCCGGUGUUAGAUGGACAUAUACCGGACUAUAUAAAUUUCGACGCGGAGGCCCCAAUAAUCGAUAAUUCUGAGGAAGAUGAGGAAGACGAAGAGGGCUUAGAUGAUAUGGAAUCAGAAGGAUCUGCUGGAGCUAUGAACCAUAAUUUCUUGGGUCAAGAAUUUAAUCCUGAAAACGUCCCCUUCGUGCCAAAGCCAAUGUCACCUACACACGGUGGCUUCAUAAAACUACAGGAGGAGAUGCGCAAUUCGACCUACAACCCGGAAAACAAGACGGUGCGCUUCUUCUGUGAUAUUGUGGGCCAACCUAUACCCAACAUCACCUGGUAUCACAAUAAUAUGCCAAUCAAACGCGACGAUCACUCAGGACGUUUUCUUGUCAGAGAUGAACUCUGGGGCAGCAGUUUGCGGAUAAGGAAGCCAACUCAGAAGGACUUUGGUCGAUACACCUGCACUGCAGAGAAUCCAUCUGGUAAACGUUCAACCUCGGCCUGGCUUAUUCCGGAACAAUCGAAGCAGAAAAGACCAGGCCUUCUCACACCUCCACAAUCGCAAUGGGCGGCCAGGAAUACUCAUAGUGGCUCGGAGUCAGAGAGCGGAUUCUGUCAAGUCUUCCAAAGCAAUGUCUGCGUUCGCUACUUGAAUGGUCAUCGUGUUUUUGUUUCCACGGCCCUUCACCAAACCCUGGUGGAGCAACAAAUCACUAAACUGAUCUCUUCAGCCACUAUGCGAAAGUGGCACCCGAAUUUCAAAGACUGUUUGGGCCGCAUAAUGGAAGCGACAUGCUACUAUCACUUUCCCAUCUGCCCUCCGCCAAGCGAAGAGAGCGCCUCGAAAUUCGCCGAGGCCUCAUCCCGACGUCGUCUUUGCCUCGAGGAUUGUCGGGUCAUCACAGAGGGUGAAUGCAGCAGUGUCUACAAACUACUCCUACCCGAUGCCCAAUCACAAGGCCAGUCGGAAAAUUGCGACUGUGUUGAUGCGGCAACUCGACAGCUAUGGUUGAGUGUUUUUACGACGAUGAGAUUCAAAACGUGUGGAAUUCACCACAACGAUUAUAAUGGUUCAACACCCAAGCUUUUCAUGAACUGUAGCAAUUUAUCACCAUUCGAUCCCAGUCAUCCGGAUGCGUGUCUUCGAAGUGGUUCGAGGCCUCCUGUUCCAGAUUUAACUGAUCUCAUUCGCGAUCCAGAUUCUGAAGGCACCCAGAAAGACCUUUCAGGUUACCAACCGCAAACAGGUCAACCGACUACUCAGUCUCCCGAUCUCCUUCCUCUCUUCAUAUCAUUCGGCGUACUCAUUCUUCUCACACUGAUAAUCAUCUUGAUCUGCUUUGUUUGCCGUCGUUCACACACUGGAUAUUCAAAUGAUGUCUUCGGUGGCGGUUCACGUGUUAUGCGCACAUUUUGUGGUAAAGCGGCAGCUGUUGGAAAGAAACAACCAGGUCGGCAUAUGCACGUUCCAAAUUCCGUGGAGUUGAAGCAGCCAAUUCCCGAGAUAAACAAUGGCUGUCCGGAGGCCACUCCAUUUGUAUCUAAUAGUUACCUCACAGCUACUUCGCCUAAUCUCGAUAGAAGAUUGAGCCCUACCCAACAGCAAUACCAUCAGUACCAAUCUCCUAAGAAUGUCCUCAUGAUACCUCCGCCGACAUCACCUGCACCUCCACCCCCACAAUCCAACUACUCGCCCUUUGAUUUGUCCAAUCAUCGUGCUUUUACUCAAGUCUACUCAUCUCAAGUUGAUCGUGAAAUGGAUGGGGGUGAAAAACAGUUCCUUAUGGCGAAUAGCGGUCUUUUCGCCUCACAGACUGAACCAAUGGAACAACAACAGAAUCAAAUUCCCUCCACUACCUCUGACCCCAUGGAUCGAACCCUCCAGGCCAUAAAUUAUCCCCUCUGCCAAAUCAAAUUUGGAGACAGGAUUGGACAAGGUGUAUUUGGACCUGUGUUUGCCGGUGAACUGCAGGCUUGUAGUGACUAUGAGAAUAGUAAACCAACGCCACUUGUAAUUAAGACGCUAUCUCCUGGAGCACCGGCAUCAAUGCAGACAGAUUUUCGACGUGAAGCGAAUAUAAUGGCAGAGCUACAUCAUCCAAACUUGUUGAGUAUAUUUGGAGUCAGUUUGCAUCAACUUCCUUGGUGCAUGCUCUUCGAAACCCCGCUGUAUGGGGACCUUCAUGAAGUUCUUCUGGCUGCAAGACGUUCUUCCGAUGAAGGAAAUUGGACAUCAACAAAUGGUGUUUCACAAACUUGGCCGAGAAAUCAGCCAUUGAUUGAAAGCGAUCGUUCUCAUAUUGCCUUCCAAGUCGCCUCAGGAAUGGAAUAUCUUUCAAGGAACCACUUCAUUCAUCGUGAUCUCGCUGCAAGAAAUGUCACAGUGGGGGAGAAUCUUCUUUGCAAGAUCACUGACCUUGGAUUAGCUCGUGAUUCGUACGCCAUGGAUUACUACCGUGUUCCAGCUGCUAAUAAUCUCCUGCUUCCAGUUAGAUGGAUGCCGAUCGAGGCUAUCCUCUGCAGCCGUUUCAGUGUUGAAUCUGAUGUCUGGGCAUUUGGCGUGCUUUUAUGGGAGAUCUGGACUGAAGGUAUGCGACCAUAUCACCUCUACUCAGACGCGGAGGUCAUUGACUUGGUUCAGUCUAGGUACCUCCUUCCUUGUCCCCAUAACUGCCCACCGCAGGUCUACGCACUCAUGGUAGACUGCUGGGAAGAAAUAGGAAUGAAACGUCCCUCCUUCCAGGAUAUUCUCUCAAGGCUAUCCAUGUGGCAUCAGGAAGUCUUAGCUUCAAACGGAAUAGAUAACACCUUCCCUAUAUCUCGUACUAUGGAUCUAACCAGCACAAACAAUACCUGUAGUCACUCGGGUGAUUCAGGAAAGACCAAUUCGACCGAUGUUUCCACAGAAAGACCGGCAUCUCAAAGGAUUUCCUCUGUCCCUAUGCCGAUUAUGGCGAGUUUAGAGGGAGCGCUAGACAUGACGUCGAGCGAUAUCAAUCACCGUCAAUCAGCAAACUACUCCCUCGGCCCCCGUCCAGCUACAACAGGAGCUAAUAGCUCAACCGCAAAACCCUUUGCCUUCUCCCCGCCCUUAACUUCUGUUACUAUGACUGGGGGAAGUAGUCCCUUGUACUCAUCUGAUGCAACCCAUGCUGUAUGA